AUGUCGUCCAAGGUCAAGGCUGGUCAGCUCUGGGGAAAGAGCAAGGAUGAUCUCACCAAGCAGCUGGAGGAACUGAAGCUCGAGCUCAACCAGCUCCGUGUCCAGAAGAUCGCGGGCGGUGCCUCCUCGAAGACCCUGAGAAUCCACGACGUUCGCAAGUCGAUCGCUCGCGUUCUCACCGUCAUCAACGCCAACCAGCGCUCCCAGCUCCGCCUCUUCUACAAGAACAAGAAGUACCUUCCUCUUGACCUCCGCCCCAAGCUCACUCGUGCCCUCCGCCGCCGCCUUACCAAGCACGAGGCCACCCUCAAGACCGAGAGAAAGCGCAAGCAGCAGAUCCACUUCCCCCAGCGGAAGUACGCUGUUAAGGCUUAA